CUGCAGAGCCGCAUAAGGCGAUCUUUAUAAAUACAAUCACCAUCGCCUCUUCGACGCGAGGGCAACGAUGCGUCUUCCCGUGGUGCUUCUGGUAUUUCGAAUUGGAUUCGGAUUAGCUCAAUAUGACACGAGCACAACGCCGGUUCCUAUUCUAAAACAAAUUAACAGACACAAUGAAGACGGAAGUUACAGUUACGGUUAUGAAGCAGCUGAUGGUUCCUAUAAGAUUGAAUCGAAACAUCCAAAUGGCGAGGUUUUUGGAAAAUAUGGUUUCAUUGACGAUACGGGAAGUGUGAGGGAAGUGGAAUAUGGAGCAACACGUUCAGGUGGAUUUGAACCGGCUGGAACUGGUAUCAAUGUACCACCGCCAGUAACUGGAAAUAGUAUCAAUUCGAAUGAACCUGAAGAUGAUGGACAAUAUCGUGAGGAUCCAUCGAUUUAUUACACAGAUCCAAGAUAUACCAAUGGCGAACGUUAUGAUCCAGUGCCUAAGAAUGCUUACAGACAACAAUUAUCGCAUAAUCAACGACCACUUGCUUAUCAAUCACAACCAUUGCAAAAACCACAACAGCCUCUUGGUUAUCAACCACAACAAAAUUAUCAGCAUCCUGCAUAUCAACAGCAAAUUGCCUAUCAACCAUCACCUGUUAGUAAAUCUGUUGCUGCUGCGUACCAACAACCAACAAUUUCAGUAAAUUCACAACCUGAAUAUCGACCGCAAUAUAGAAAUCCAUAUCAGCGACCUCAGUACCAAUAUGAAGAAUCUGCACAGUCGGUAGCGCAACCACAGUCGAUAGUUCAAAGAAGAAACGAGGGUCCAUCAACAACAAAUCUUGGUUCAUAUUCUGUACAUUAUAAACGGUAGAAUUUCUAUAUUUCAAUUAUUAUUAUUAUUAUUAUUAUUAAUAAUUUUAUUGUUAUGUACCAAAAAAUAUUUCACCUUUCUUUUUCGUUGGUUAAAAAUAAUUCUCGUAAUUAUUUAUAAAAAAAAUAUAAAAUGAAUUCUAAAAUUUUUGAAUAAUAAUUCAUUUUACUGAAAUAUAGAUAUUAAUUUCCAUUGUAGUGAAAAUAUUUUUUUAUCAUUUGGAAUUGUAAAUAUGUCACACAUUUUAAGGACAAGGGGGAGAGGGCCUAAAAUGUGACAUUCUUUUUUUGUAUUUUUAUAUUGUAAUUUUUUUCAACAAUUAUAGUUAUUUUUUUUAAUACAUAUAGUUUUAUAAAUAUGCGCUAAAAGUAAUAGCUGAAGUUAAUUACUUUCAAAUUUUUCAACUGUGAGUAGAAAAAGUAUGUCUUGCACACUUUUCUUAAGACUGUACUACCUCAUCAUGUAUUCAACGAAAUGAAUAAAAAAAAUCUUUUACUUUGAA